UUCUGUUUUCUCUCUUCUGGUUACUGCUUGGAAGUCAUUCAUGCGCAAAAUUUGACAACCACUUGACAAAGGCACAACAUAUUUACAUGGGAUUGUAUUAACUUUCAGGGUUUUGAUGAUAUGGGUGGUACUUUAACUUACAGUACAAUAUUAUGAGACAUGGAACGGAAGUUUUGAGAAAGCUGUGAAGCAAAGGUUGACGUGAUACUUACAAGUCAUGGCAUUCUGAAGUGACAUGGAUCAACUAUGUACACAAUAUACAUAUACAUAUAUACAUAUACAUAUAUACAUAUACACAUAUGUAUAGAUAGUUAUAUACGGUGGUCAAAGUUAGGUACCAAGAGAUAAAGUGGUGUGAAGUGCCAUUAGUGCCAAGUGCCAACAUCAUGCUUUUACGGCGUUGGUUGGAAUCUCGCAGCAACCCCAAAGGUCUUCUCCUCAACCCCAACUAGACCCAAGCUGCAUCACGCAAUUGCAUUAUUGUCAGAGCAGAGUAACCUACACAGAAACUAAAGAGUGUCUUCAUUCCUUUUUCUUCAAUCAAUGUAAGUUGAACACAACGGAUGAUUGCGUUUUGCGAAUCGUCUGUAUGUGUGGAGUAGAAUACUCUGGAGAUUAGGAAUGCAUGGGACACAGUUGCAUGCUCUUCUGCCAGGGAUGAUCUCUGGAGUCUGAAACUGAGCUUGUCACUAUGUAGUAACCUGCAGCAAUUGAUGCUACUUUAAACUUACGACAGAUAGAGUAGGCAUUCAGAGAGACAUCAAUUGUGAUGCAGUCAAAGUCCAGCAACUUAGGCAAUUUACAUUAUUGGGGUUACCAUUUAUGAUAACUGAUGAAAACAAGAAUGCGCAUACAAAAAUGUGAGAUGUUUGGUUGCUCCUAUCCAAGCCACAUUGACAAAUGUUAGCAGAAUGAUCGCUUUCACCGCUUGAAACGAGCCCUACCUGCCAUGACCAGCGAGAUUCAUCAAGAAAUAGGGCUCUGGAGACAUAGCAUUUCACACUGAAGUCACCGAACAUGAGCGUAAUGAAAACCACCCGGCAAUAAGUUCGCGUGGACGCACUUUUGGAAAAUACCCCCAUAUUCGAGUACAAUAUCCAUCUUUGAAAGUAUGGCCGCAAACAAAGUGAAUUGGUCAGUCGUGGUGCUGCUCCUCACAUGCUACAUCAUUGCAUUCGCACUUGCCAUUGGGGCAGAGGAACGCCGGGCCCAGGCAACCGUGACGUACGUCAGCUUCAAUUCGUCCGGUGGAAACGUAAGCUGGGUGUUCGAUUACUCCAACGCUACAAUGAACAACGGAACGCAAUACAGUGGAUACUACUACUGCAAAUAUGACUCCGACGUUUCAUCAUCGUAUGCUGUUGCUGCCUUUGUCUUCCUCGCAGUAUCCCAAGUGGUUGUCAUGGGUUUGACCAAAUGCCUCUGCUUCGAUGGCGAACACAAGCCUGGGAGCACGAAAUCGUGCGCCGUCGUCUCCUUUAUCAUUCUCUGGCUUAGCUUUAUAAUAUCUGAGAUAUGCUUCUUAGCCGGAGCCAACAAGAAUGCGCUCAGGUCUCGACAACGAGAAUUCGUAACUGGAUAUUCAAAUGUCGACAAGUACAUGACGUGCGAGAACAUGCACCGAGGAAUAUUCGGUGCGGCCGCGGCAUUUACCUUCUUCUCAGCUUUAACUGGGGAGCUUUACUACAUUUGCUUGGUGACAAGCCGAAGUGUCACCGAGUCACACUGGCAAGGGAGAGACGGGGUAGGCGGCGGCGGUGGAGGCGGUAGCGGAGGGCCGGGUACCAAUAGGUCAAUGCCGAGCCCGUACGCACUUGCGAGUGAUGACUCUCGGGGACUGAACUCCAGUCCAGCGACAGACAGCUUCUAUGGAACCAACCGAGGUCUAGCCGGAAACGUCAACAAACCUCAAACGCAGAUGGCUCGACAACCCAUGCCCAGUCCUUAUUCCCUCACUUAAAACUCACCUGUCAAAAACCUUCACGUUCCAUCAAUCAAUUUGUCCAGAUUGCUAGUGUUUCAACUCGAGUUAUCUGAGCCUAAUACACAUGUAGCACAAACUUCAAAAUACGAGGUUACGAAAUGACAGCGUACCUGUGGGGAUGCUGGACAACGUCCAUCGCAGAACAAACUUUGACUUAGAAUUUGAACAAAAAGGAAUAGAUCCCUGGAGGAACAGAAAUCCACUUUGGUUCUUUCUUUAGAGAAAGUGUGUGGUUGAAUUUAAGGCAAGAAAAGAAAUUUCUAAAAUAUUCAGAGAUUUGUAGAUAGGGCCUGAGAACCAUGAUAGAGCUCAGGACAGAAGACGAAUCAUGCAAGUCUGCAGUUGCAGAAAAAAUGAGAUCAUAUUUACUGAGUUCUGAAUCAUAGACACAAGUAUUCAAUGCGCCGUAGCACCGGAGUUGAGGAUAAAUGAUAUCCUAUUUGUGAAUAAAGCCACGAUCCCACCUACUCUAAGGCUGGAUCUGAUUUCUGUGGGAUUGCACAUAAUC